AACUAGAAAAACUGAACAAGAACGGAUAAGCCAGCGUGAACAGAAGAGAAUCAAUUGAAGAAGAGAAGAAGCUCGCGUCUCCACCACAGAAACAGACAGUCAUCAUCAUCAUCAUCAUCAUCAUCUUCUUCAUCACCAUUCCCCACAUUUCACAAACUCAAUCCCCGGCCCAGACUCUCUCUUCAAUUCAAUUCUGUACCUUUACACAGCCGCUCGGCCGGCCAUGGCUUCCCUCCAAAAUGCACCUUCUCUCUAUCGCACAUUGUCUUUCUUCCCUCAGCAGGCUGGAGGGUUGCAGAAGCAGCAGCUGCAAGGAAGAGGGGUUUCGUUUCUUGUUCGAGCCGACCAAUCUUCGUUUAGUUCCCCUGCUUCCAUUUCUCAAGCUCCGAGUGAGUCUCGUUGCCUUCACUUUCACUUAAGCUUGCUGAGUCGGCAUUCUCUUAAUGCGACAGAACUUGACAAUGGGGUUUCUGGCAUUUUUCCAAUUGGACGUUUUAUAGCAAAGGGUCGACGAAUUGACCAGUUUUGAGGGUCAAGUUUAGUCAAAAUAUGGGGUUCCAAAUGGUUCGCACUCUAUGUUGUUUAUUGCAGCUAUAUCAUCGGGGAGACGCCAAUUGGUUGCUGUUGGGAUGAUUGCUCCUUUCGUUUCCCUGGUUGAUCUAACUUCUUCUACUUCAUUUGCUGCAGAAAAUAAAAAGGGAUUCCUGCCGGUGACGGACAAUAAGGAUGGAUACUCAUUCCUCUACCCAUUCGGUUGGCAAGAAGUGACGAUUGAAGGUCAAGAUAAAGUGUACAAAGAUGUGAUAGAGCCACUUGAAAGUGUGAGUGUAACCGUGUUUCCGACGAACAAGGAAGAUAUUCGAGAUUUCGGGCCCCCUGAUCAGGUUGCAGGAACACUGAUCAAGAAGGUUUUAGCCCCUCCUUCCCAGAAGACCAAACUCAUUGAAGCCAAGGAGCAAGAAGUUGAUGGAAGAGCUUAUUACACAUUCGAGUUUGUAGCUCAGGCUCCCAACUUCACCCGCCACGCCCUUAGUGCAAUUGUCAUUGGCAAUGGAAAGCUGUACACCUUGACAACAGGAGCUAAUGAAAGGAGAUGGGGGAAGGUGAAGGAUCAGUUGCAGACAAUCGUGGAAUCAUUCAAAGUUACCAAUUUUCUGAAGUGACAAUUCUCACAAAGGACGAACCUAUUUCCUUUCAUAUUGAAAGCACAAAAUUGCUGUGCAUUUUGCAGAGUUGUAUAAGGCUUAUAAUCACCAAAAUUCAUUACCUGUUUCCAGUUUCAAAUAUAUACAUCUCUCUAUCUUCCUUCUGGUGUUUCUUGGUUGACAAAGUAGGCAAAUUCAAUAUCAAAGCGCAUGAACUUGAUCAACAAUUUGCAGCAGACUAUCUACGUGGGAUACCACAGCAAGUCACAACUCUGGCCCAUCCACUGAUAGGAUAAAGGAUACUAAAUUGGAAGUAUAAUGGAACAUCAAUAAGAAAAGGUCGGUAAACUAAAUUGAACACUUGAGUUCUCCAGAGGAAAGACAGGUACAGACAUGGAUGGACUCUGCUAACACCACAUAACUAGCAAAACUGUCCAAAACUUGAAAACAAUGCUAGAGUCUGAGAAGCAGUACAAAAUCGUGAAAUUUAGAUAAUCCCAAUCUUGUUUGCCACAUCCAAGGCAUCAUAGUCUGGAGUCAACCUGACAUAAGCCUUCUUGGUUCCAUCAGGCCUGAUCAAGGUGUUAACUUUCUUGGCCUGAAUGUCGUACAUCUUCUUGACGGCAGCUUUGAUCUUCUUCUUAUCGGCACGGAGAUCAACAAUGAAGACAAGGGUGUUGUUGUCCUCGAUCUUCUUCAUUGCAGAUUCAGUAGUCAAUGGGAACUUCAAAAUCUGGUAAUGGUCAAGCUUGUUCCUUGGAGGUGCACUGAUGCGAGGAUACUUGGGGUUCCUCUCCUUCUUCAGGGUCCUGGGGCGAUGAAAGGUGACCUUGGUCCUGAUCUUCUUGGCCUUCCUGUUGAAUGUUGGCCCUGAUUUCACAGCCUUGGCUGCCUUAGCAGCCUGUGCCUUCGGAUCAGCCUUCUUGGUAGCAUCAGCUGCAAAAAUGGGUGCAGAUUCAAAACUUCAAAACCAGACACAGGCCUUAUCAAAACGCAACAAUUCAUCUUUCUGACCCUCAGAUUCCGCUAAGAA